AUGUCGGAAACUCCUGUCCGAGUGAAGCAAGAGCUCGCAACCGCGCUGGAUGCUGCUGCUAGCAGUACUGAACCUGACGAGAUCCCUGGAGACACCCCACCACCGAAAAAGAAGAAUGGCCGAGACCGUACUGAAGAGUACAAGAAGAGAAAGGCUCGGGACAUCGAUCAGGCCAUGAUACUUGCCCGAGUCGACUAUGAAUCGAGGUUGAACUUCUUGGAGGUUCAGCUGGCAGCCUGGCAGACAGUCGCCAUGCUCACUUUGUCCGAGGCCGAGAAGGUGAAGAUACUCAAAGUGCCCGAGGGGGAGACCGAGUAUUUCCUGCGACGUUGGGCAAUCAAACGCUUGAACUACACUCCCGAGGAGUACGAUGCCUUGCAUGCUCAAGUGUCCGAGCAUCGUCUGGCCAUUCACAAUGCCCGACUUCCACAGCAGGCACACACCUGA